AUGAACUCCCUCCGCAUCGCGCGUGCGGCUCUCCGAGCUCGCCCUGCUGCCAUCCGCGCUCCCCUCCAGCGCCGAACCUAUGCGGACGCCAUCAAGCUGAGCUUGUCCCUCCCUCACCAGUCCAUCUACAGCUCCAAGGAUGUCGUCCAGGUCAACAUCCCCGCCGACUCUGGUGAGAUGGGUGUUCUCGCCAACCACGUUCCCUCCAUCGAGCAGCUGAAGCCCGGUCUGGUCGAGGUCGUUGAGGAGAGCGGUCCCAGCAAGCAGUUCUUCCUCUCCGGUGGAUUCGCCGUUGUCCAGCCCAACUCCGUCCUCAGCAUCAACGCCACUGAGGGCUACCCCAUUGAGGACUUCAGCGCUGAGGCUGUCAAGUCCCAGAUCGCCGAGGCCCAGAAGGUUGCCAACGGCAGCGGCAGCGAGCAGGACAUUGCUGAGGCCAAGAUCGAGUUGGAGGUCCUCGAGAGCCUCCAGGCUGCCCUGAAAUAG